AUGGUAGAAGACGAAGCUUUCAUUCACAGUUUGCCAUCCGAAGUUCUUGAAUAUAUCAUUGGACUUGUCUCGCCCUACAAUGAUCUACAAUCGUGUAAACUUGUCUGCAAGAAAUGGUUGGAAGUUGUCCAAGGGUCAUAUCCUUCUCCAAAAGCCUGUGCAACACUGGUGUGUUACAAGGAUUCCCUUAUUUUGUAUGGAGGAUGGACACAGUCUUCUUCAUCCCCACUUCACCAGGUUUGCCAACUUUUCAAUGAGCUCAACAUUUAUCGAUUGAAGACCAACAAAUGGGACUAUGAAUACACACAUCCAGCUCCACCUUCAGCAGCUGGCCAUUCAGCAACUGUACAUGGUCACCACAUGAUUGUUUUUGGGGGAAUCAGAAGACAGCUGUCACUUGGCCAGCCAUCCCAGGAAAUUCUAUGCUAUGACCUCGAAAAUAACUCUUGGUACCAGAAAGAAAUAGAGGAACCUAAGCCACAGGGACGUUACGGACAGACUCAAAUAGCCUUGAAUGAACACAAUCUGUUAGUCAUAGGGGGUUGUGGAGGUCCGAACAGCGUCUUCAAUGACGUUUGGUUGCUCAACAUGGAAGGCCCACGGUGGCGAUGGAGGGAACUAACUGUUGAGGAUCAAGAACAUGGAGCGUGCCAUAUGUGGUGUUCUCCAGGAUGCAAGGUGGAAGAAAAGGUGGUUUUUCUAUGCCGAAGACCAAACGCCCAACAAGCGUCUAGUCCCCAUCCAGCUUAUGCAUCACAUUACAACAUGUCUGCUCAAAUUCGUGGCCGAUCUGUUUGGGUUCCACCAGUCGAAAAUCCAAUUGACCGUCCCAACAAGCGACAAGAAGUGGACCCCAAGGAACCCGUACGUAUUCACCCACGGCCUGGAACACGGCCGUCUGUCCGACCUAAUGCAAUGAAAAAUAGAGGAAAACAAUUGGAAGCACUGAAACAAAUGGAAGAACGUAUCCAGCGGUUACAGGGAAAUGCCCGUGAAAUCCCGAAAGUUAAAGUGCCUUCAGGAAGCCAAUCGUCGAUGAGUCUUUGCCUGCUUGAUAUUAGUGAAGCUCUUUCAAAGUACAGAGUUCGGUGGCUUCCACCGAAUGAUUCCUUCACAAAUGGGCGAGGAUCACCUGAAGAGGCAGUUCUUUACUCAAUUGUACACGGGCGGGGUGAAUUGAUUGUUUUCGGUGGUGUGCAGAAGUUCAUCGCCACACAGGCAACAACAAAUUCGCCUGGGGGACCUAAUAUUGUCUCAAAUGCAGUUUACUUUAUUCAAGCUCCUAAGAGUAUCAUCUGA